GCUGGACGUAGCAGGGUGGGUGUAGGCUGGGGAGAGGAGCAGCACCAGUGUAGGGACGAAGCUCUCCGGUGCUUUCUUGUCAGUUAUCCGCCGCCCCUCCUCCUCGACGCCGAACCGCCGUCAUGGUGAAGAGUGUGGGCUGUCUGUCUGAAUUUAAGGCAGAAUUGCAGUCUGCUGGUGAGAAUCUGGUAGUCGUUGACUUCUCUGCCACAUGGUGUGGACCAUGCAAAAUGAUCAAGCCCUUUUUCCACAGUUUGUGUGAGAAGUAUGGUGAUGUGGUGUUCAUUGAAAUUGAUGUGGAUGAUGCCCAGGACGUUGCUGCACACUGUGAUGUGAAGUGCAUGCCAACAUUCCAGUUCUACAAGAAUGGGAAAAAGGUGCAAGAGUUCUCUGGGGCCAAUAAAGAGAAGCUGGAAGAGACCAUUAAAAGCCUAGUCUAAUCUCCAGCCAUGGAGACUUUGAAGCAUGACUGCUUCGGCUAAAUUAUAGCCUGUAACUUUUCUACUUAAAAUAAAGAAAGCUAGCUAGAUUAAGUGGUGCAAACUGUCCUCUUGGUCUAUGGGAAUGAGUACAAUAAAGUGUAAAAUUCA